AUUUAGGCUUCUAAGGGGACUUCGCCGGUUAAUCUUUCGCCGGUUUGACGCGCUCAUGUCGGAGUUCGUGCGCGCCCCCGGCGCCAUGAUCGGCCUCUCCCAGCCCGCCUCCGACGAUGACGGCGAGGGCGCGUCCCGGCAGCGAGCGAUCGUCCUCGUAGAGCCCGCCUCCGGCGGUUCCUCUUCUGGCCGGAAGCCCCGCGGCCGCCCUCCGGGCUCGAAAAACAAGCCCAAGCCCCCGGUGGUGAUCACCAAGGCCAGCGAGUCGGCCAUGCAGCCGGUGGUCCUCGAGCUAGCCGGCGGCUCCGACGUCGUCUCCGGCGUCUCCGACUUCGCGCACCGCCGCGGCGUCGGCGUUUCCGUCCUCGGCGGGAGCGGGGCAGUUGCCGACGUCACGCUGCGCCACCCCUCCUCGGCGCACGGCGGCCCGAGCACCAUCGCCGUGCCGGGGCGCUUCGACAUCCUCUCCUUCUCCGGCACGCUGCUCCCGCCGCCGGCCGCGGCGCUCCCUCCGGGAGCGCCGCGCCCGCCCCCGCUGACUGUAUCCCUAGCCGGGCCGCACGGGCAGGUGAUCGGCGGGGCGGUGGCCGGGCCGAUGACGGCGGUGGGGCCGGUUCUCCUCGUGGCCGCCACGUUCGCCAAGCCAGAGUUCCACCGCCUCCCCGUCUCCGACGACGACGAGGAGGCAGCAGCGGCCAAGGAGGAGGACCAGAAGCCAGGAGUUUCAGAGGCAAUGGCCACGCACGCGGACCCCAACGCCUUGCCCCCGCCACUCUCUCACGCCGACGUCGUCCUCUGGGCUCAGCCAUCGACUGCCCGGCCGCCGCCCCAUGCCCACCCUCCGCCGCCACACUACUAACUCAACACGACCACAAACAAACAGAGUAACUUCCAGAGAAGAACAUUCAAGAAAUCAUGCAUUUCCUCCCCAAAAAAAAAACACAAAAAAACCUGCAAAUUUUGCUUCCUUAAUGAUCGGAGAUCAAAGCUAAUAUCGCAGACUAGUUAAUCAAUUGUCUUUCCAAUCCUUUUUCUAAUUAGAACAGCUUCCAUCAAGAUGUCGUUCCCUUUAGUUUCCUUGACUUCCUUUUCCAUGCUAAAGAUGAACGAGUCUCGCGCAUUCAAUGCAUGCACGAUCAGCUUUUUACGCGGUGGCGAUUCAUUUCGGUGCAGAAAUGCAUGCACGCGUGCAGGCCUCUUGUUCCUGAAGACUACUGUUGAUAAGCAUUUGUUUUUGGAAAAUAAAUGA